GGACCCAUUCAUGGACAGCUAUGAAAUUUCUGUUGGUUUUUGAUUUUGACCAUACGAUCGUAGAUGAAAAUAGCGACACCUGGAUUGUGAGAUGUGCUCCUGACAAAAAGCUUCCCAGUGGGUUACGGAACUCCUACCGGCCAGGACACUGGACAGAAUACAUGGGCAGAGUCUUUGUCUACUUGGGGGACAGUGGCGUCCGAGAAGGUGACAUGAAAAGAACCAUGACAGCAAUUCCCUUCACUGCAGGCAUGGUCGAUCUUCUGGGGUUUAUUGGCAAGAACAAAGAGUUUUUCGACUGCAUCAUUGUUUCAGAUUCUAACACGGUAUUUAUUGACUGGAUUUUAAAAGCUGCUGAUUUCCACGAGGUGUUUGAUGAAGUGUUUACAAACCCAGCAUCGUUCAGCAGUACUGGCUACCUGACCGUGCAGAGCUUUCAUGCCCACCAUUGUCCAAAGUGCCCUAAAAACCUUUGCAAAAGGAAAGUUUUAAAAGAGUUUCUAGAUAAACAGUUGGAGAGAGGAGUGAGUUAUACGCAGAUUGCCUAUAUAGGUGAUGGUGGGAAUGACUUGUGCCCUGUGAUGUUUCUGAAGAAGGGUGAUGUUGCUAUGCCCAGGCAUGGGUAUACCUUAGAGAAAAAGAUUUCUCAGCUCUCUCAAGAUUUCUGUCCCAUAGAGUGUUCUGUUCUGGUUUGGUCAUCUGCUGUUGAAAUUAUGUCUUAUCUGAAACUGCUUAUAAAAGAACAUUUGAAGUGAUAAAAGGAAACUGAUAUAUCUUUUUUUCUUCCUGGGUGAGAAACGCCGAAUGCACAUGGAAACACAACAUUAUAGAAGUGGGAUAUUAGCUGAACUUAUGUUGUUUAAACAUAAUAUGAAAUUGUAUUUUCAGUUUUGUCAGUAGUGGGAAAGUGAUGUUAAAAUGGCUUUCAGGCACAGUGUGCAUUCCAACGUUUGUGGAGAAGUGUGCGUGUUGGGGAGGGGAGGGGGCUGCAUGAGGGAUCGCCAUUUCCUUUUGUCUUCUCCAUCCUGAGACUUUACCAGCCACCAAAGUGAUGUUCCAUGUGCUGUGGGGAAGGAGUAAGAUUAGCGCACAAAAGAAUAAUUAUUUAUGAAGAAUUUAUAUGCUUUACUUGCCAGGAAUGUGAUUCUGGAACUCCUGGCUUUGAAUAGUUUUUUUUAAAUCGAGGAUAAAUGUUUAAUUUGUAAAUGAUUUGCUAUGUCUCUAAUCCUGUUUGAUCUGAAGAUGCAUUUAUAUUUUUAAUACACUGAAUAUUUUACCAAACUAAAUUCCUUUUUAAUAGUUUGUAUUAAAGACAAUAAAAAAUUACUGUCACUGAGAAGAGCAAUGCCUGAUGUUGUAAGGUAUUAUGCAGUGCAUUCUGUUCCUGUAAAGGCCAGGAGUGGCUUAACACAAGUGUGAGUGUCAGUCUGCAGAACACCAUUCCUUUGGUCGGCUCUCUCUUGAAACACAGGAGGAAUGUUGCCACUUUGCACUGUUGCCACUCCAUACAGAACCUGUGCUGUUAGCUGGGACUCAGCCCACUUCUUUUUCUGCUGCCCACAGAAUGCUGUGCGUGUCCCUAUGCGUUCUUAUACCAGUUUCACCUAUUCACUCUUUUCUAUGUGCAUCCUGUAAUCCUCUCCUACAAGCUGAAAGGGAACAUCUGUAUCCAUUUUAACUGUGUUUGAAUAAGGAAUCGUUUAUGAGCAUGUGGUGGGCAUGUUUCUCGCUCAUGGUGAGACGAACCAUAAGACUUGUACUAUCCACGCAGAGGCACUUCAGUCUCAUUAAAGUUGAAUGAUCUGUCUUCAUGCCAGAUGUUUUCUUUCUUACAGUCUCCCCGAAGUUCCCAAGUUGUGCUAUAGUCUGCUAUUGAACUGUUGUUGUCUGUUUUAGCCUUUAUGUGCCUUAGUAGCUUAGAAUUCUGCCUAAUCUGCAGUGAUAUGGCUGCAAGUGUCAGAUAUGUGGCUCAGCAGCCUGCAGUUGAUGUAGAUGUCUUCUGCAUUGUCUUUGGGUGUUGUUUUCAUUUUCUUACUGAUAUUUAAUGUUGUUAUUACCCACUUUUUCUUAAGUUGAGGGUUUUUAGGAAUGUUUUCCCCUGUUUUGGGGCCAGUUAUAUAAAAAUGAAGAUUUUCUUCUAGUACUGCUUUGUAAAGAGUCUGGCGUUUAGCUCUCCAUCUGUUUUAACUAAUUACAGAAGGUUGUUUUGAACAGUUUGUUGUCUGAGGUGUCCCAAAUGAUACAUUUGGGUUCUCAGGAGCAUGGCUUUAAUGAUGGGUAGUUGAUAGCUGUCUGAGACGUUUGUACUGGGGAGUCUACCCUGUUGUGUUCUGCAUAGAGACAGUGUUUGAUUAACUGAAGGAUUUCAAGCUAUUUAAGUUUGCUGAUUUGUAGCCUGUAUGAGAAAAUAGUGGUGAAUGUUGUGUGGUAUUGCAUGUUUUUUUUGUUUUUUGUUUUUUUUUCCUCUGAAGUUGUGCAUCUCCUUCACUCUAGAUAUGCUGCUAAGGGUUGCAGAUAUUGUGCUUUCCAUUUCUUGGUUAUAAAGCAGCUUGCUUUCAGCUUGUCCCCAGAUCUCACUGCUUAUUUAAAAAACAAAGUGCAAACCCAACCACCUAGUAUAUAAAUAAGUACUCAUCUUUCACUUCCACUUAUAUUUGUUAUUCUUUUAACCUUAGAAACCUCAUGUUGUAGUUUGCUCUGUUGCUG